UGGGAUGGACGGUUGAGGGCUUAUGGGUUGGAUCUCAACCAUAAAUAACGGAAAUGUUGAAGGACGAGGCGCAGCCUCCCGCCCUCUCCUCGCGUCACGCCAGCGACCCGCUCGGCGCGGCGAACCCGAUCCGCCAUCCUAUAAAGCCCGUCCCCCCACAACCUCCCUCUCAGUCUCUCACUGGCGAAGGCAUCCUUCGGAGCCGCGACCAUCACUUGCCGACCUCUUUAGGGUUUUGAUUUCUUCCGCCUCGAGAAAUAUGAGUGAAGGGGAUGAGACUGCAUCAACAGAGAAUCACGCAGCUCCACAGCUGAAUGAAAGGAUUCUAUCAUCUAUGUCAAGGAGAUCAGUAGCUGCACAUCCUUGGCAUGAUCUUGAAAUAGGUCCCGGUGCUCCUGGUGUGUUCAAUGUUGUGGUGGAGAUUACCAAAGGAAGUAAAGUUAAAUACGAACUUGACAAGAAGACAGGGCUAAUUAAGGUGGAUCGGAUCCUGUACUCAUCAGUAGUCUACCCUCAUAAUUAUGGUUUCAUUCCUCGCACACUUUGUGAAGACAGUGACCCACUGGAUGUUUUGGUUCUGAUGCAGGAACCAGUUCUACCUGGAUGCUUUCUACGAGCCAGGGCCAUUGGUCUCAUGCCUAUGAUUGAUCAGGGGGAGAAAGAUGAUAAGAUCAUCGCAGUUUGUGCUGAUGAUCCUGAGUAUCGUCACUUCAAUGACCUCAAUGAGUUGUCCCCUCAUCGUCUUAAUGAGAUUCGGCGCUUCUUUGAAGACUACAAAAAGAAUGAGAACAAAGAGGUUGCAGUCAAUGAAUUCUUGCCUGCAAACACUGCUCGAGAAGCCAUCCAACACUCAAUGGAUCUUUAUGCUCAGUAUAUCCUGCAUACCUUGAGGCGGUAGACUGGUCGCCACCCUGUUUUCAAUACUGCUUCCGUGCAUGGUGAAAUGGAAGGCUAAGAUUAUCCUAUCAUUUAUCUUAUGAUUUUUGUGGCUUAAGCAAAAUUAAGCAUUGAAUCUUCGUUUUUGAGUUUAUGUUGAUUAAGUUUUUCUCGUCUCCGGCCAAGCUGCUGGGAUUGGGUUGAAUAUUGCAAUAAGAUGAUCAAGUAUUUACCUUAUUUUUAUACACCAUAAGAGUU